AUGAGUAUGUUCAGCCACAUUGACCUUGGGGCCACUGAAGAGAAAGGUGAUGAUGCCAAAAGAACGAUUCUUGCAGGGACGGACAUGAUAGCGGAGAUCCUGAAGACAACGCUUGGGCCAAAGGGGAUGCUGAAAAUGCUGAAGGGGCAGAAUGUAAGUGUUACAAAUGACGGAGCGUUUAUUCUGAAGAAUCUUAUGAUUGACAGUGCAUCUGCAAGGAUACUGGUUGACUGCAGUGUUGGGCAAGACUGGGAGGAGGGGGACGGAACGACGUCUGUUGCGAUUCUUGCAAGCUUGCUUGUGAAGGAGGCAAGCAGGUUGAAUGUGCAUCCCACAAGGAUUCUUCGAGGGUACCGAAUGGCACAGCAGAGAUGCGAGGAUAUACUGCAUGGGAUGAGCUUUGAGCCAACAAGGGACGAUUUAAUGAGGAUUGUUUGGACCACGCUGUGCUCGAAGGUUGUGAAGUACGACAUUGAGAAGUUUUGCAAUAUAUGUGUGAGUGCGGUUGAGAGGCUUGAAGGAAGGAGUGAUCUGGGGCUGAUUCAGGUUAUCAAGUGUGCAGGAAAGCUUGAGGACUCGUAUCUUGAUGAGGGGUUUAUUCUGAAGAAGGAUGUAAGGAUAGACGAGGUGAGCAAUCCUCGGAUUGUGAUUGCAAACACAAGCAUGGAUCAUGAUAAGAUCAAGGUGUUUGGGGCAAAGAUCAACGUGAGCUCUGUGAGCGAGCUGGAGGAGCUGGAGACUGCAGAGAAGGCAAAGGUUAGGGAGAAGGUGGACAGGAUAUCGAAGAGCAAAGCGAAUGUGUUUAUCAACAGGCAGCUGAUAUAUGACUAUCCGGAUCAGCUGCUGAGAAUGAAAGGGAUACAGCCAAUAGAGCAUGCGGACUUUGAUGGGGUGGAGAGGCUGAGCAAUGUGCUUGGAGGAAAGAUACUGAGCACAUUUGAGUCUGUGGACGAGUCUUGCUAUGGAACAUGUAAGAGUGUUAAGAAUGUGGAGAUCGGAGGAGAACGGGCAAUAAGAUUUGAGGGGGUGAGCAAUGGAGCAAGCACAAUUGUUCUGUUUGGGUCAUCGAAAGAAAUGCUGGAUGAGGCAGAACGAAGCAUACACGAUGCACUGUGUGUGCUGAUGAGGAUCAAGGAAGAUCCAAGAGCUGUGUAUGGGGGAGGGGCCAGCGAGAUGUCGAUGGCAGUUGGCCUGAAUGGAUAUGCCAUGGAGGUAGCAGGUGCUGAGAGUGAUGCGAUUCUUUCGUUCUCGAAUGCUUUGCAGCAGAUUCCCAAGAUACUUGCUGAGAAUGGGGGGCACGACGGAGAAGAAACAAAGACAAGCCUAAGAGCAGAGCACAGCUCGGGAAACUCAAGUUAUGGCGUUAAUGUGAAGGACGGAAGUGUGUGCUGCAUGAAAGAAAUCGGCAUUAUCGAUAGCUUCCGGAUCAAGAAGAGAAUCAUAAUGGCUGCAUCUGAGGUGGCACAGAUGAUAGUGAAGUGUGAUGGUAUUGCAAAGCGUAAGCCUAGAGAAAGAACAAGAGAAUAA